GACUUCGCGGAGUGUGGAGAGCUGGUCUCCUGCCGGUGUCUGAAGAAUGAGGACGGGCAGCUUAAGGGCAUCGCCUUCGUCGAGUUCAAAGAUGAAGAGGCGGUGAAGAAGGCCUUGGAGUUCAAUGAGACCGAAUACAGUGGACGAACCAUCUACGUCAGCAAAGCGGGCGACCGUGAAGGUAAGUCCAAGGACGGCAAAGGUAAGAAGGGCAAGGCGACCUCGGCCAACAAAGCAGCCAAG